AUGACCGCACAUGCCAUUCCAAGCACCACAAUUCCCGAAGCCGUCAAGCCAAUCAUGAACUCAACCUGGACGCCGCAAUUGAGACCGUCUCCGACGGCCCCCUUUCCCUCCACCCUCAUCUCCCCUGAAGUGCUCUCCCUCCUGCCAACAGACUACACAAUCCGGCCCAUGCGCCGCUCGGACUACCACCGCGGCUACCUGGACGUUUUGCGCGUGCUGACAACUGUUGGCGAUAUCACCGAGGACGCGUGGAACCAACGGUACGAUUGGAUCACCUCGCGCAAUGAUGAGUACUACAUGCUCGUGGUCUGUGAUGGUGCGGACCGAGUUGUCGGAACCGGCAGUCUCAUCGUUGAGCGCAAGUUCAUUCAUUCGCUCGGUAUGGUCGGACACAUUGAAGACAUUGCUGUUGAGAAGAACCAGCAGGGCAAGAAGCUGGGCUUGAGAAUUAUCCAGGCUUUGGAUUAUGUUGCUGCGCAGGUUGGCUGCUACAAGAGCAUUCUUGACUGCUCCGAAGUCAAUGAGGGUUUCUACGUCAAGUGUGGCUUCAAGCGAGCCGGCCUCGAGAUGGCGCAUUAUUACUGAGCGUUUCUUAAUCCAU